AUGGCCGACGACGCCCUCUCCAUCUACGAUGAGAUCGAAAUCGAAGACAUGACCUUCGACCCGGCCCUCCAAAUCUACACAUUCCCCUGCCCAUGCGGUGACCGCUUCGAGAUCGCAAUCGAUGAUCUCCGCGAUGGCGAGGAAAUUGCCGUCUGUCCGAGCUGCAGUCUUAUGAUUCGGGUAAUCUUUGAUCUGGCGGAUCUACCCAAGGCGGAUAAUACGCAGGCGGGUACUGUUGCUGUGCAGGCAUGA